GUCGUGAAAUUCCCUCUCCGACCCCUUUAAGCCUUCUCUGUCCCGCCCCCCUCUCUCUCUCUCUCUCUGCACCUCAAGCUCAAAUUUCCAAAACAAAAGAAAAAAAAAAACAAAGGAAAAGAAAAAAUGGAGAACCAAAAGCCGCUCCAAAAUGGAAACAAUGUAGACGAUAAUCUUUUAGCUGUUGAUAAUUGUGACCGUGAUGGUGAUGGAUCGGGUCUGAUCUUCCUGGGAACCGGUUGCUCCAGUGCCGUCCCGAACGCAAUGUGCUUGAUCCAGCCCUCCGAUCCUCCCUGCCACGUCUGCUCCCAAUCCCUCUCCAUCUCCCCGGACCGCAACCCUAAUUACAGGUGUAAUACAUCUUUGCUUAUCGAUUACUGUUCGAGCGAUGGUAAACGCAAUUAUGUUAUAAUUGAUGUUGGGAAGACAUUCAGGGAGCAAGUUCUUCGAUGGUUCACUUUCCACAAGAUUCCUCGAAUCGAUUCUAUUAUUUUGACUCAUGAACAUGCUGAUGCUGUUCUUGGUCUCGAUGAUAUACGUGCCGUGCAACCACAUAGUCCUACAAAUGAUAUUGAUCCUACUGCCAUAUUCCUAACACAAUAUGCGAUGGACAGCAUUGCCACAAAAUUUCCAUACUUGGUUCAGAAGAAACUUAGAGAAGGCCAAGAAGUAAGGCGGGUGGCUCAGCUUGACUGGAGAAUAAUUGAGGAGCACUAUGACAAACCAUUUUUUGCAUCAGGACUAAAAUUUGUCCCGUUGCCAGUGAUGCAUGGAGAAGAUUAUAUCUGUUUAGGUUUUCUUUUUGGUGAAAAGUGUAAAGUGGCUUAUAUAUCUGAUGUCUCACGUUUUCCUUCGAACACAGAGUAUGUUAUUUCCAAAAAUGGUGCUGGACAAUUGGAUCUGCUGAUAUUGGAUUGUUUAUAUAAGAAAGGAUCUCAUAACGUUCACUUAUGCUUACCUCAGACUCUUGAGGCUCUAAAGAGGAUAUGUCCAAAACAAGCUCUAUUAAUUGGAAUGACCCAUGAGUUUGAUCACGAGAAGGACAACGAGUUUCUUAUGGAAUGGUCUGAGAGGGAAGGAAUCCAUGUGCAACUUGCACGUGACGGUCUGAGGGUCCCCAUAGACCUAUGAUGAGGUUUUAUGCCGGGACCACGAAAACAUUCAUGCUUUGCCAUCCCAUUUGAUGGGAGAAGAGCAAUGUAUUGUGUUGAAAUAAAAUUAUUUAUAGCGUCAGCAGCUUGGGUUUACAGCUUGUGAUAUAAAAGAUACUAACAAUUUCAGAAAGAGAAAAGUAGAAAGCAGAAAGGGGAUCCUCCUGAUGUUGUUGAUCUUUAAACUUGUAUCGAUACUGCCACAUUCUUCCGUGUAUCAUUCAUUUUUAGAAAUGCUUUUUAGUCAAAA